AUGGCCGAGGCUCCAUUAGUAUUUUUGUCUGCAGAGGCGGAGCGGCUUGAGCCACGCCUGCCGCCUUCAUCAGCUACAUCUACAAGCAGCGAGGAGAGGACCUUGCCAUGGGUCACCUUGACGUUCGCCACGUCGCUCGAUUCAGCCCUAUCACUGGGACCGGGUAUUCGGACAGCCCUUUCCGGGCCACAAUCGAAGGCCAUGACCCACUACCUGCGCAGCCGCCAUGAUGCCAUUUGCGUAGGUGUUGGGACGGCCAUUGCUGACGACCCUGGAUUGAACUGUCGUUUGGCAGCUUCAAGUCAGGGCCCUACCGUGUCUCCCGAUGCUGGCAGUCUCCCAGGCUCGGCAUCAGCAAUUACUACACAUCAGCCGCGGCCCAUUGUCAUCGACCCGAUGCUACGCUGGGAGUUUACUUCUCAGAGUAAAGUCAUGCAGCUAGCUGGGGCAGGCAAGGGGCUCGCACCGUACAUUAUAACGGCCGUGGCAGAGCCCCCAGGGAGUAGGAAGAAGCUGUUGGAAGAGGUUGGCGGGAAGUAUAUCGUACUGGAUCAGCCUAAUGCCAAAGAGCCUACCGCCGGGGCAGGGUACCGACGCUUCGACUGGCGUGCGAUUUUAGCCGCUGUACGGAAUGAAGGCAUGCAGAGCAUCAUGAUCGAAGGGGGUGGCGAAGUCAUCAACUCGCUGCUCUCAGCCGAGAGCGCCGAGUUGGUAGAUUCAGUCAUCAUCACCAUCGCACCCACGUGGCUUGGUCCAGGGAGCGUUUUUGUUUCCCCUCCUCUCCGCCCGACGGGCCCCCCGGACCAGACCUCGCUGAUCCCGGGUCCCACGAGUGCCAGCAAGCAGACCGAGGCGGCCAGUGCCGUGACACCCGACGGCAAGCGGCGACCAAACGUUCCAGAUAGCCUGGUCGAAGGCCGGCCAGUCCAGGCGUCGGAGGGCCAGCAGCCCGACGGGAAGCAUGGGGUCGAAGCAGGCGACCCCAGUGGCCGAUGA